AAUUUUUUAUUUUUUUUGCCCUUUUGACAUUCCUGCUGACGAGUACCGGAAAAGACAAUGUCGAACGAAGCCCCAGAAAAACCACCGUGCAACACCCCGGAGCAUGACUCAGCCAGUACUGCCGUCGACGGCGACGGCGUAAACGACAACAACGACACUUCAAAUUCUGCCUUAGCGAAGGGCCUUUCCACCAUAAUAUCUUCUAUAAUCCGGGAAUUUGAUGACAGCGCUGCCGCCACCUCUCGUAGUCAAGAUCAGCUCUCUUCCACUCUCGAUCGUCUCACUGGAGAGCUUGACAAGCUGCUGGAAGAUGCCCCAUUGCCUUUUAUCAUGCAGCAUGCUGCCAGAAUUUCUGGUGUUAGGAAAAGAAUUACAUCAUUGAACUCACUUUUGAAGUCUAUACAGAGGCGUCUUGAUAGUAUCGACCACACACUAUCUGCUGGUUUGAGACAUGAGCAGUCCACAGGGGAUGGUGGGCGAGACCAUGAGAACCAUAAGUCUUCAUUGAAGAGUUCAUGAUCAAAAUCCAGAGAAGAUUCAAAUGUCCUUCGCAGUGCCUGUAGACGCUCCUUCUGAUUGUGCAAGCAUUUGGAACUGAUUCAGCCUGGUGGUGUAAAAGGUAGUCUGAUGCAUGAAGUUACAACACUCUGGUAUUCUGAAAAGAUGUUCUUUUACCUAUCAAAAUUUCUCGUUUUCAGCUUGUGCCACAGUAUGUCCUAGUUGCCCAGAAAAGCAAAACAUUAUAAAAUGGAAAACGUGUGGUGACUGAUUUAGGAGCUCAACUACUGUAGGCCAGCCUGUAGGUACAAUUUGAAGGGGGAAAUCUUUGUGAAACUGAAUUCUUAUAUUCUGCUCCGAAACAUAUUGUUAAUCGUUUUGCAUUGCAUCAGAUAGGUGUACUUUGUUUUACAACUUGACAUUUUAUUGUAUAAUGUGUAUUCAUGAUUCUAUAAUUGAUAAGACCAGUGAUUGGUGGUUCUGAAAUACCGUGAGAAGA